AUGGACGCCGCAGGUGGUAGAGGGGCGCGGGCCAGGCGGGGGCCGCGUCCCGCUGCUCCGCGGAGCCGGGGCGCGGAGAAGGGCGCAGCCCGAAGCCCCUCACGGGGCCGCGUCGCGGGUGAAGACUCAAGCGCUGUCGCGACCCUCCCGCGGACGGACGGACGCCCCGCUCGGGGCGGCCGGUCGGCGCGGCGAGCCCCCGCUGCCCAGGAGCUGCCAGCGGGCAGCGCAGAGGCUUGCACAUUGACUGUUGAAUUCUUAUAUUUGCAGAUAUCUGAACCAAAUGAGUUUGACAUCAUGCUUGUAAUGCCUGUUACAAGGAUUCAGCUGGAUGAGGCUGAUGAUACUGGCGCCUAUUAUUAUGUAUCAUUCAAAAGAAGUCCAAAAGAAAAGGGUUGGUUGAAGUUUUUAGAGGAAGAUGGAAAAUUAUCAGCCUUUAAAAUGCUUCAAGCACUAAGAGAAACUAUUAAACAGGAAGUAAAGAACAUUAAAGGCUUAGUGCUGUGUGACCACUUAACAGUCUUGUGCUUGACUUCAGGGAACACGUGGCGACUCUCCUUCUCACAUAUUGAAAAGGAAAUGAUAAACAACCACGGCAACUCAAAGACAUGCUGUGAAUCCAAUGGACGAAAGUGCUGUAGGAAAGGUUGUCUAAAGCUGCUGAAGUUUCUUCUAGAGCAACUUAAAAUGAAACAUCCAAAAGAAUUGGAAAAAUUCUGUUCCUAUCAUGUCAAAACUUCUUUUCUCCAUUCCUGCAUCAUGUGGCCAAAUGACACAGACUGGCAUUUGGAAAACCUGGAUCAUGCCUUUCAGCAGUGUCUGGGAUUUUUUGUGGAUUGUCUGCAAAAGUCUCAGCUAACUCACUUCUUUAUUCCCCAAUACAAUUUACUCAGCCUAGAAGAUAAGGCAAGACAUCAUUUCCUUUCAAGAAAAAUAAGCCAUGAAUUAAACAAUGGAUUCCCAGUAUUUCAUGAGAAUUAUAAAGAACAUUGUUCACAAUAGAUAUCUAAUCAUGUUGACUUGCAUAUUUGAAAGAAAAAACUGCACAAUAAACAACACUUCAGUAGUCUGUACUACAAAACCCAAAAAACCCAAACCAAAAUAAAACCAAGACCACUAAGAGAAAAAUGUAUAUACUUCAGUCACACUGCUUAGCCAUAACACUUAAAAGAAAUGUUUUAAAUAAUAUUUACCUUGCCUAUCCAAAUGUGAAUGUCACCUGCAAGAUAUCUUCAAGGUACACUAAGAACAUAUAGAAGAAUUUGCAAUAGUUAACUCCUCACAUGUAAUUUCUAUGUUUCCAAAUAUAAAGGCAUAAAUGACUGCAUAAAGGGAAAACUAAUAAUUUUAUUUAAAAUUAAGAUCUACUGCAGAAUAUCAAAAAUACACUCCUACUUUCAAAAGAAAAAAAAAAAUAAAGUCACUGGAGUUACUUCGACAUUAACCAGAACAACUUCUUCAGAUUACCUAUGUGGAUAUGAAGAUCUUUUGCAGAAGACAAUCACCAGCAACAGUUAACAGAAAAUAUUUUAUCUGAGUAAUAUGAAGUUCCUGAACUUAUCCUUUCUGAGUCUUCAGAAUUACUUUAGAAAUCAGUCUCUUCAUUGGGCUUUGGAUAGGAAACUAUCCUAAUAAGCUGCAACAGAGUAGAUGGCUUUCUGCCAAUGAGCAUAUAUUUGUAUAACGAAUCAUGUAGAAAGACAUGUAUCUUUCAACCUGUAUCAAAGAGGAAGACUCUUGAUAUAAAAGGUUUUCAAAACCAAAAUGCAGCAUGAACUGGACACUCCUGAAAGUGAAAUCGAUAUCAAUUUUUCUCAUAUUGAAGAAAUGUUUAUUAGGAAAAAUAAUGAUAAUGUUUCCUAUUACUAAAAUUGUGCAGGUGAGAAGUACACAGCAUUUGAAAACUGCUGUGCUGCAAAUAAAUACAUCUUUUGCUUCUACUUAUAGAAGCCAUGGGAAAUCCGUACUUUUAGUCUACUUAGGAAGGCAAAAUAAUCUACUGCCUUAAAUAAUGCCCAGAGAUUUACCUCAAUUAUGAGCAAAUUAAGAGGGAAGAGUAUUUAGAGAAUAAUUUUACUAAGAAAUUAUAAUUUUACUUAAUUUUGUUUAUUAGUUUUUAUUUAAUCAUAUGACAUGUAAAUAAACACAAGUUCAGACCAAGCAUCAAAUGAAGGAAUAACUCCUUCCCAUAUAAAUUUCAAAGUGUAGAAAACAUCCCCAUUAUCACUGGGAGUCUGUCAGACAGAAUCUGACAUCUAAAUGUAAAGUGUGAAUCAACUUUAUCUGGAAAUAAAAGCUGACCUUCAAAUGUA